AAUGUCAAACUUGAACAUCAACCUGUCAAACUUUGUUAUUUAAGUUUUCAGGUUGUAGGGUUGUGGGUUGAAAAAUUCGUUUUAUUUAUAUGUUACAUUGAUUAUCUUAACACGGAAAUACAUUUAAGGGAAUCAAAAUCAUUUCGCAAAUAUAAACAUUAAAAUGACAAGUUCUGGAAAAGGCACUUUCCAACCGGACUCCGAUGUUCAUAUAUCAUUUGAAGAUCAGCAGAAAAUCAAUAAAUUUGCACGACUUAAUGCUAAAGUUGAUGAUAUAAAACAAGAACUCAAAACGAAGCAAAAUGAUUUGAAAAAUCUAGAUGAGGCAGUGGAGGAACUAGGUCUGGCUGACGACACGGAAAAAAUUCCAUACCUUAUUGGCGAGGUAUUCGUAUGCCAGAGCUUGGAGGAUACCUUAAAAUCAUUGGAAGUAACAAAAUCUAAGAAAGAAGAUGAAAUAAAAGAGUUGGAUGAAAAAUAUGCAGAGCUGAAGGCACAGAUGGGAGAGUUGAAAGUUCACUUGUAUGGGAAAUUUGGAAGUCACAUCAAUUUGGAAAAUGAAGAGGACUAGACACUGCAAAAAUAUUUUUAGCCUCAAUGUUAAUUUUCUACAAUCAAGGUUAACUUUCUAUUAACAAAUUAAUUUAAUUGAUUUAUGAAAUAUCUGAAUCUGAAUAUUUCAAUUUCGCUAAAUAUGGCUUUUGUUAAAAAUUGUGAGAAAUAAAAGCCUGUUUGUAAUAUAAACUAUAUAUUUAUCACAUAAGCAGGAACAGUAAACAAUUAACCAAGCUAAAUAAUAAAAUUUCUAACUUAUACACAUAAAUACUGUUUCAUUAUAUACACAAAGACAUUGAAUAGAAUAACAAAGAAAUAUAAAUGAAAUCUAAUACUCUGUCAGUAUUAAAAAAAUACAACAAAUUUUAAUUAAACCAUUGAUGCAUGAUGAACACUUGAAUUUUAGCUUGUGAAUUAUCCAUACUACAAAAAUACAUUUACCGACACAUUUGAUUACAAAUGGCUUGUCCAAAUCAGAACAUUGAUAAAAUCUUUGUAAAAAGUAAUUAAGAAAAUGUUUUAUGAUAAUUUUUGCAACAAUACAAAAGUACAUUACCACCCGAC